UGUGAAGAAAAAAUUCGUUCAUUGAUAGCGAAAAUGUCGCGUGACUAUCAAGCUGCAUAGAAGACGAUCAACAUAAAUAAAGAAGAAAUUUGGGAUCUCAUUUACAAUUCUCGCCCCCUUUGAUACCUAGUAACGAAUUGGCAUUCCUACAAGGAACUAUUUCAACGGUUAAGCAUAUGUGAAGUUUGAAACCAGUAAUGAAUCUCCUCCCCUUUUGCAAAAGGAUGAAAUAGUUAAUGAGGUCAAAAGUUUGCCGUUGUCUUCAUUUGGAUUUGGGCUAAAUGCCCUAAUAACCAGACCAACGCAGUCAUUGUUUACCAUGGUAGCUGCUUUCCUUCUGUACGCAACUAAUAGCUUAUCUUUGCAUUUGACUGUAAAACGGGAUGCUCUAAAUUUGAUCCCCUGAUUCAGAUAAUUGUGAAUGUUUGAAAAAAUACUAUUUUGAGGUCGACCAUUUUGUAAGGUUCAAAUUCUCCUUUUUAUCCAAAAAGAACCUGUAUACCAAACUUAUAAAAAUCGAGUUGGCUGAAGGGGAGCAUGCUGCACUUUUUACCGAAGGGGAUCACUUUAGAUACUGAGGGGGUCGCAUUACUGAGGAGGGGUGCUACUGAUUCUUAUGCAAAUGUGUUGCGCUGCACAAAAUUGUGAUUCCUAUUUUUUGAGAUAAAUAAUGGUUAUUCACCACUUACUUCGAUUCCAGUUAAACAACUUUGCAAAUCAGAACACGCGUUUCAUUCUGUCCCAUCUGAAAGCCCGAACAUCUACUCACAAUUGCUCCAAGGAAAAUCUGGCAACAAAAGCUGGAGUUUUCACAUUUGGUCAUGCAGUUGACUUUUUGAAGCAAAAUAAAGUCAAAGACGUUUGUGUUAUCCAGCACGAUUUGAAGAAGACAGACUCUAAAAGAUUUGCUGGUACGGCCCCCUACCUUGUGAUUGGAUCUGGUGUGUCGCAAAGGCAUUUGAGUGUCAUCGCCGAAAGCUUAAUCAAAGAGUACAAAUCGGCGAUGGGACCUGAGUUCAUGCAAUGUAACAGACCCCCAAAAGUGGAGGGAACAGGUGUCAAAAGCAGCUGGAUCAGCUGUGAUUUUGGCGACUUUCUGGUGCAUGUAAUGCUACCUGAAGUGAGAGAAAAAUAUCAAAUUGAGAGCCUGCACAUAUUUGGACCUGAGUAUGACACCACGCGACCAACACACUUAUGAUUCAUCUUCGGAACUGUGAAAUUGUUUUGUUUUUCAGAAAUUAUUAAUUGAUUUGUGCAGAAAGUAUAGUUUUGCUUGAAAUGGCGAAAGUUACAGAAACUGUUGUGAUGUCAAAAUAUAUAUGGGUACAAAAAUUGUUUAACAA